AUGGCUACGCAGCAGCCUCAGUAUUAUCCUCGUCCGCCAACAUCGCCUCCCGCCAACCGAACACAAUUCUACCCUCCGCCGGCCCAGGGCUCGCCUUUCCAACCCGUCAAUUAUCCUCCCCCUCCCCAGGCUUCUCCAGGGCAGCAGAUGAACUAUCCUCCGCCACCGCAACACACCCCGUCUCCUCAGUUGUCUCACCACACCAACGCCCAACAAUACCCACCGCCUCCCCAGCAAAGUCCAUCUUCUCAGGCUCACCACCAGCGUGCCGCUUCGCACCAGUACCCCCCUCCCCCAACUUCUCCGCCUGCUCCUCAACCGCUCCAGCAGGCUUCCUUGGCCGUGAGGCCAGCGUCGUCAAGUGACCAUCAUCCUAAACAGCAAGACCCGCCCGCAUUUGACCCUCCUCCAUCGUUUCCCGGGAGCAAUGCGCCAUAUCCCCCGGAGAAGGCUGGGCAACAACAACAACAACAACAACAAGAGCCACUAGAUACAAGUGAUCCCUCUAAUCUUUCGGCUGGAGCGCCGCCUGCUGGCCACUUCGUUGGCGCAGGCGCCGUAGUUGAUGAUGUGGGCACUUUCAAUGGCGGGAGCUACCGCAUUAGUCACCGUGAUUCCAACACCAUCUUGACCAUUCAACUGGCUAUAGGCUGUCCUAUGCAAGCCAAACCCGGCGCCAUGAUUGCCAUGUCCCCAUCCAUCACACUUAAAGGAGAACUGAAGUUUAGUGUGAAGAAGAUGAUUGCUGGCGCAGACAUGACAACUUCCAGAUAUGUCGGCCCUGGUGAACUUCUCCUUGCUCCCCCCAUGCUAGGAGAUAUUACCAGCAUCCGUCUGACUGGCCAAGAGAGCUGGGUUGUCGGGCACGACGCCUUUCUCGCGGCCACUCAGGGAAUUAUCAAAGACCACAAACGGCAGGGCCUCGGGAAAGCAAUUUUUAGCGGAGAAGGCUUGUUUGUGUAUAGAAUCAGCGGCACUGGCAUCAUGUGGCUCACAAGUUUCGGCGCUAUUAUUCGUAAGGAUCUUGUGGAUGGUGAGAAGUACAUUGUCGAUAACGGCCACCUGGUGGCAUGGAAUACCAAAUACGUCCUUGAGCGAGUCGCUUCUGGUGGUAUUAUCUCUAACAUGGCUUCCGCAGAAGGCCUCGUCUGCAAGUUUACAGGUCCCGGGACUGUCUUUAUCCAAACCCGUAACCCGAAAGCUUUCACUGCUUACAUGGGUGGUCAGGCUGUUCAAGGCUAA